GUUUAAAUGUCGGCAUGCCCCAGCUCUCCACGCUCGCAUCUCUCAGAGACACAGCAGCAUGAAGUCAGUGGCUGCUCUCUUCCUGGUGGGGAUGCUCAUCCUCUGGACAGAGCUGCCAACAGGCAGUGCCUCAUCCUGCCCACCCGUCCACAUCACCUGCGCGAUGGUCAACCCACCAAACCACUGCUACACUGACCGGCACUGUCCACGGUACAAGAAGUGCUGCCCAACCUUCUGCGGAAGGAGAUGCAUCUCGAGGCUACCUUCCGUCUCCUACGUGUGAGCUCCUGCUCCCAGGACAGACUGAGGGCUUUCUCAGCAUCACCGUGCCACCCAGGCACCAGCCAGCUGCCCAUACCUCUGCUAAGGCUUGUACUGCCCAAUGCCAGCUCCCAGAUAGACGGGGACAGCCACCAACUUGUGCUCAGAGACCACCUUGACUGCAGCACCGCUUCGCUGACAGCUGCCACACGGUGCUACGUGCCACCUGCUCGCCCUCUCCCUCUGCUUCCCCACUGCUGUUUUAACAAAUAAAAGAGCUUGUCCCAGG